UUAUCUAAAAAAGAGCUAGGAGAUAUUUUGUGAAAAUGGCUGAGCAAUCAAGAAGGUUUGUGUCUCUAGACAAACCUAUAGACAAGUUUAUCGAAGACCAAAAAAAAGCAGAAACAGUCUUUCGAAGACACGAAGAGAUGUAAGUUUGCUGACUGAGUUUCUCAACUCCAAAAAUGAAAUGAGAAGAGUCGAGGAAAUCCCGCCAGAAGAGGUUAUUGAAGUAUUAUUGAAGACAGCCAGUUUGAACAAGUGAGACAAGCUUUAGAAGCUCGAAGUAAAGAACUCAAAAAAGAAGGCAAAGGAAACAAGCCGAACGCAGCAGAAGCUCUUACCGAUGAAGAAGUAAACAUUUUAUACGAUAAAAAAUUACUUGGAAUUUCAAAUGCUGAGGCUAGCUUUGCUAAACACAAUGUGGUUUAUGAACACCAAUCAGUUUGGAUUAAGGGGAUGUGACGAGCACCGUCGUAUGAAGUGGGGAGACAUUCAACUGCUAACAGAUGUGAAUGGAGCUGAAUAUUUAGAAUAUUCAGAGCGACAAACAAAAACAAGGACCGGAGCCGAUACGAGAAAUGUCAGAACAGUAAAACCUAAAGCUUUCAGUUUUGCAAACGCUUCGCCGGACAGAGAUCCAGUGUUUGUUUACAAGUUAUAUUCUGAGAAAAGACCUAGCUCAAUGAAGGAUAGUGAUUCACCGUUUUAUCUUGGUAUUAAUCAUACUAAGAACCCUACAGAUAAACCAUGGUUCAAGGCCAGUGCAAUGGGAGUCAACCAGUUAAAUAGUUUAAUGAAAACUAUGGCAGACAAAGCAGGCUUUGAUGAAAAGCGAAGACUUACCAACCAUAGCGCAAGAAAAACUAUGAUGCAAAAACUGAAUGACAACAACAUCCCGCCAACUCAUAUAAUGCUGUUAUCUGGUCACAGAAACGUUCAACAGAACAAACGAACAACAGAAAAACAUGUCUUUGAUUCUGAGUGGAAAAACUACAAGUACGUCUACAGAAAAAAGGCCAGUGUCGAGUUUACAAAGUGAAGUGGGCACCGAGUGCCGUGAAUCUUCAUUCAUGAAAAGUUCUAGUUUCCCUGCAGCAGGCCCAUUCAGUGGCGCAGUUUUUCACGGAGGACAGUUUAACAUAACAAUGAACACUUUAAACAAGUCGCCAACUUCCACCGAUAACUCAUUCAAAUCAACAGAGUCAACACGUAGCUUCAAACGCAUCAAGCGUGUGUUUGAAUCGUCAGACGAAGACAGCCCUCCGCUUUAACAAGCUAAGUUAAGACUUCAUUGACCUACCGAUUUUGGAUGCUUAUUUCGUUAUUUUCAAAUGAACAGUUUCAUAUUUAGCUUAGAAUUUAAACGUUUUGC